AUGAUGCCGGCAUAUGUAGAGGCGGGCACCCAGACGGAGUGGGCAGGACUGAUGCAGUGCACCCUCGUUCGUCCUGAAAUCCUCCUCGCCGCCCCCCACAACACCACGACGCCGCCCGACGACAUGUUGACAGAGAAGGCACAGUUCAUCCACGGCUACCCGGCCAUUGCCUCACCACCCCAUAUCCUGCAGCCCACGCCUCCCAUGGCAUCACUCCUCGAGAGGCGCCAGAAUCGCACUCUCCUCAACCCUCACAUCCCACUGCCGGCCAAGAUGGCCUCGCACGAGCUCAACGAUGAGGUUCCGCUGUCCCCGACGACCACACACGCGCUGCUCUCGCCCCUCCCGGAAGCCAACAGGCUCCAUGCCGGCCACACGCCCCUGAUCCCGCGCGCCUUGUCGCCUGCAAUGGAAGUGCCAGCCGCUCCGCUCGAACAAGCACAGGCGCCGGCAGACGACAAAGCGGCUACACCGGAUGCAGAUGAGGGCCUGACGGGUGCCUUGACACUCCCCACGAACCCCGUGGAUGGCGCAGACGACGGCCACAUCCCAUUGAGCAAGCUGGAUGCAGUACUUAGCAAGAUCUCGAGGCAGCAGGCAGAGCUUAGGGGCGAAUUUCCUGACGAGCCGGCAAAGAUCACCAGUCCGACCGUGAGCGUCACCGAAAUGCCAAGUGAGGAUGGCAUGCCACUCAGUCGCAAGGGAUCCGCGGAUUCACAUCGUUCCGGAAUGACCGAGGAAGUCGAUGGUGUCAUUCUCAAAACGCCCCCAUCCAACUUUGGCGCCCCCUUUGGGUCGCUGGGCUGGUGA